UGCAGAGAGAAGCACAGACGGCUCAUAGUAAUUUGAUGUGUGUCCCUGGGGAUGUUUGAUGGAUUAAUGCUAAGCAGCUCCCUCUUCCAAAGCACCACCUGAUCUCUGGGGCUCGUGUCCCACAUAUAAAGGGCUGCAGUAGUGCUGAGCUCAGCUAGUCCAGCUAUCUCUCUGUUUCGUCUUCUCUCUCUCUCUCUCUCUCUCUCUCUCUCUCUCUCUCUCUCUCUCUCUUCCGCUGCAUCUGUCUCUCCCACUCCACUCCACUUUCUUGUCUUCUAUCUAUGAUCAGCUGCGUCCAGUGCACUUUCUCAGAACACAUUUUCUUUUUUGUUGCCUGGCCUUUAUCUACAGGCCGCCCGGAGGCUCCUGCUUUUUUGUUUUUUUUCCACCACACGCAUUUCCUAUGCGACUCUAGUAUCUAGUUUUCCACCAGGAGAGUAAAAUGCCACGUUCCUUUUUGGUAAAGCAACUGAAGGUCCAUGAUUUCUCAUCAUUCAGCCACAGCCAAGAAAAGCAGCAGCACUGGGACGAGUCCAACACGGUAACGAAUGCCAUCACUGAGUCUGCCACCAAGUUGGCCGUGCGUUUAAGUGAAAACGGUUACAUACAUAAUUAUAUCAUCCCUUCAGUAUUGCAGAAGACAAACGAGUCGGGUUGUGUACAGACGGCGGCUCUGUACACCCCAUUUGGCAGCAGUGCUGAAGAGUUCUCUGACCAUGACAUUGAGCUUCCGGACAGCCCUGUAUCCUGUGACACAAUAGAGUCAGACAGUAGUGGCUCUGAUUUAGAGGCGUGUACCAUCAAUGCCUUUAUAAUCUCCGAUGGACGCUCCUACCAGAGAGUCAAACAAAGAUGUCCACAUACAGGAGGCAGUCAGUCACACAGUGUGAAGGUCAUCCACUCAACAGAGCGUAGCUCUGGUAAAGUCAGAACCAAAGGACGCUAUGUUUGCUGUGAGUGCGGCAAGUCCUAUGCCACGUCAUCCAACUUGAGCCGGCACAAGCAGACACACCGCAGCCUGGACAGCCAGCAGGCCAGGAAGUGUUCCACCUGCCACAAGGUGUAUGUGUCCAUGCCGGCACUGGCCAUGCACAUGAUGACCCAUGACCUAAAGCACGAGUGUGGAGUGUGUGGCAAAGCCUUCAGCCGGCCCUGGCUGCUGCAGGGCCACAUGAGGUCCCAUACUGGGGAGAAACCGUUUGCCUGCGCUCACUGUGGGAAGACCUUUGCUGACCGCUCCAACCUGCGUGCCCACAUGCAGACGCAUUCAGCCUUCAAGCACUACUCCUGCAAACGCUGCCACAAAAGCUUUGCACUCAAGUCCUAUCUGAACAAGCACUACGAGUCAGCAUGCUUCAAGGGCCAGGAGUGAGCAAAGCUGAACAGUCACCUUUUUGGACAAAACAAGCCAGACUUUCUCAGGCUCAUGUGUAUGCAUUAUAAAUUUGCCUUUUGACAUAAUAUUGAUAAUAAUGUUACUUUAGAUUAUUCAGGAAUUGAGUAAUUCAGAUAACCCAGUGCUGAUAAUAAAUGUCAAAUAUUUUAUGAUUUUUACAAACGUCAGUAUUGUUUUGUCAGACAAGUAGCUCUUAAUUUACCUUAAAUCUCCUUGUGUUUUAAAUGAUGUAUUUGUCUAUUUAUUAAUUUAUUUAACUAUUUAUGUAAAAAUAUAUUUAUCUUAAAUUUGUCAACAUUCAUUAGACGCCAUGAAAUAAUUUGGAAUAAUUUUUCUGACCUCCAAGCUCUCUCUGUGAAUUUGAAUCCAAUAAAACUGAUGCAAAGUAAUACCUGUUGCAAAUAUCCCUUUACUUGAAUCAUUUAUAACAUGGUUAUAAUAUUGUUCAGUUAGAUAUUAACCCCAAGUACAGUGCUGUUACUGUAAACAGGAAUACAUUGUGCUUAGUUCAGUUAAUUUUAGGUAAUCUGCAACAUGUGAUAACAUCCUGUUUUGCAGAAGUAGUGAAGAAUAGUUUAAGAAUUCAUUUUCAUUCUUUUUAGCGCCUGGUUUCCUUUACAGUUCCCCUACUGGAUCCUGAGCCUGACUUUUAUGGGGCCUGGCCCACCUUCCAUUCAGCUUCUGAAGUGGGUGCCAGCAGAGAGAACAUUCACAUAUACAACAAAAAGACCCAGAAGUGGACAAUUGUGGCCCUCAAGUGGCAAGAUCCCCUCAGGGAUAGACACUAACUGUCCUACAAAGUGCUAGAAUAAUCACAAUCACACCACUGUCCACUCAUAACAAAGAUUAGCUCAAAACACGUACAUUCAUAAAUAGAUCCUGUCUUACUACAUGCACUGUUGGUCAGGUAUCAUGAGAACUGAACUGCUGGUCCAGACCAAAUAGCUGAAUCUUGACCACUGGCCUAUCAUACAGUACAUACAUGUGUCUCUGAACUGCUGGUCCAGACCAAAUAGCUGAAUCUUGGCCACUGGCCUAUCAUACAGUACAUACAUGUGUCUCAGUAACUCAGACUGUGGAGGUUUCUCAAACUAAGCAGCCACAUCAUUAAGCAUUAACAAUGACAUGUGCAGCUUUAGUGGGAAAACCUAUCUGGUCAAAUAUGGACUCUGGCCUGCGACACCAGAGAGGCCUCAAACAGCAUUCUCUAUAUUAUCAGGAGCUUUUUCAUUUUUUGCCUAUGCAAUGCCAGGUGUCUGUUGAGGGGUUCUGCAAUAUGUUGCGGUGGAAAAACAAUCUUGCCCCUCCAGAGGUAAUAUAAUAUUAUAUAUUUAACCUGAUUCUUUUUAAAAAUCAUGCUACUUUUCCUGUGAUAUAAAUCUUGUAUUAUUAAGCACAUGUAUAAUGUAUAAAUAGGUUAAAUCAAUAAUAGUUGAAAUACUUAGGUCUAGUGUUAAUCUGCAUUUUGUUUUCAAAUGUAACAGAUUUAUUUGCAAUUAAUCUGAUUUAUACAGUACAUAUUGUUUACUACUUUUACCACAGGUUAACAUGCUCUACAGAGCUCUGGCGGGAGAAUCUAUAUCCCAGUUUCGCCACCACCACUUUAGAUGCAGAUGUUUAUCUGGCCUUUGUAUAAAGUUUGCUGGCGCUGUUGCAUGGUAACAGAAUGUUUGUGAGGGAAGAAGAUGUGCAAGAAUACCUGUUAUCUCAUCCUGACAGUUCCAAGCCAAAUUAAGUGAGUAAAACUGUAUUUGAAAAUUGUUGGUGAGACCUCUUACACUGUUCUAGUUGCAAGGUGUCAUUAGCCCUCUAAAUUGUAGUGUAAUUGUAGUAUGUUAGUAAUAACAUAUUUUGAUUGAGGAGUUGAGGUGUAUUCAGAAAUGAAGUAGUUGGUCAUUGGUCUGAGACGUAAUCUCAGUGUUUCAGUUUCUCUACCUUUCUUUCUGUAUUUUUAAUCAGGACUGUAGUAAUUUCAAGGUAGGGAACCUGCUUCAGUCUGCAAAAAAAACAACAAAAUCUAGAUGUAACAGGGGUGUUUGGAGUCUCCUCCUGCCAUGAGAUGCUGUUGGUGUUUAAACAUAACCCAGGGAGAAUGGUGAGUUUAAGACAGCACUGGUGUCAGUAUGAUUGUUCACAGUCACCAAACUGUAACAUGUUUCCCAAAUAUGUCAUAUUCUGUCAGUUUUUAAAUUUAAUAACACAGAAACCUGUUUCUACAAUCAAUAAACCUUUUUUUCCCAAAGGCUAUUAUAUCCAAUGUACCGUAUUUUUCGCCGUAUAAGACACACUUUUUUCCCCAAAAACUGAAGGGGAAAUGUUGGUGCGUCUUAUACGGAUGCAGAGAUCCGCGGAGCAGAACAGUGAUUGAAGGCGAGUGGGGGGCAAUGGUGGACUUUACAGUGAUGAGUGGGGGCAAAGACAAAAUGUACCGGUAUGUUUGUCUAUUUUUUUUUUUUAACUGAUCUGAAAAAGAUUCGAUCUGUGACUCCUGAAAUGUUCCAGCAUUUCAUGUUUAUGGUCAUAAAUUACAGUGUCAGGUAAUGAUUAGGGCAGGUUAUGGGCACAAAUUACAUUUGUCUAAUUUAUUUUUGUUAUUAGUCUUUUGAUACUUCAACAUAAAGGGUUUUACAGUUAAACAAUUAUGCACUAUGUGUACAGUGUGCUGUGUCUUCAUAGCUUCUGUACAGUACAAGAAGACUACAAGACUUUGGGCUAACAGAUGGAGAAGAUAUAGAGAGGUUAUGGCCCUUUCUUAGAAGAUUUGCACAAGUCACAAUAGAGUCCAUCCCACCGGCUUGACCUUUUGACUGAUGCACUUCUUUAUUAUGGGAGAAGAAAAUCAGGUGAUAUAGGUUCUUUUAUUAAAAUAAAAAUAUUUUAUAUGCUUAAGAAAUUAAAAUUGUGAAGCUAUUGACAUUUGUUUGUAGAAGUGCAGCUCUAUCACAGAUGGGGAAAAGCAGAAAAAAGUCACUAAUCUGGCUGAGGGGUAGUUAGCUGUUGUCUUGAAAGAGGCACAAGGUAAACCUUUAAUAUUGUACUUCUAUUCAGUUAAGUGUCUCACACACACACACACACACACACACACACACACACACACACACACACACACACACACACACACACACACACACACACACACACCACUCUAUUCUCACCCUCCGCGGGUGGUCUCAUCCACUUUCCAAGCUCGGGUCCUCUACCAGAGGCCAGGGAGCUUGAAGGUUCUGCGCAGUAUCCUUGAUGUUCCUAGGACUGCAAUUUUCUGGACUGAGAUGUCAGAUGUUUUUCCAGGGAUCUGUUGAAGUCACUCCUCCAAUUUGGGGAGUGGCAGGGCAAUAACAGCAGAGCAGACCCACCAAGGCUGGAAACUGAACAGUGGGGUGAGAAGGGAUUUUUUUUUUUUUUUUUUUUAUAAAA